AUGUUGACAAAAAGGGCUCUCCUAAAACCUAGAUUUUUGCUAACUGCACAUAUAAAUACGAGCAGAGGGCCAGUCACCUCUGUAACCACCAGCAGCAGCAGAAGAAACCACAGCUCUCCUUCUCGCUCAUCCUUCUACCACUCUCUCCUCGCCCCCUUCUCUCGUGUCACGCUGCCUGCUAGUUCUGUGCGUCUGCAAACUUUUCAACAGAAUACUGGCCUCGGCAAACAAGUCUUCCAGCUCCUCUCUGUUCCUUCGCCUUCCCCUCAGACACCUACGCCAGACGGUGAUGCCUUUCGGGUUGUGACUCCAGCGGCGCAGAAACUUGGAGGAGCCCUUUGCCCGUCGUCUUACUUGGCAGCAAACCCUUUCCUCGCAGCGGUAAGAGGAAUGAUCAUGUGUAGCAGAGCGAGCCUGGCCUUGAUGAUCUACGGAAUAAUAAUGCACAGCAGCGUCUACUGCUCACCUGCCGCCGCUGGACUGCGGUUUCCGGGAAUCAGGCCGGAGGACGAGGUGUACGACGAGGACGGAAACCUGCUGCCAGACUUCUACGAUUCGGUCUCGCCUGGUAUAGGGAGCCCCGCCUCCGCGUUGCGCCAAGCGUCUGCACUCUACUAUCCAGCCGAACAGAGAGAUGUUGCCCGAGGAAUCCUUAACAAGGCCUACCGCAAAGUGCUGGACCAGCUGUCCGCCAGGAAGUACCUGCAGUCGCUCGUGGCCAAGGGCGUGGGUGGGAACAUAGGCAGCGACGCAGAAGACGACUCGGAGCCGCUCUCCAAGCGCCACUCAGACGGAAUCUUCACGGACAGCUACAGUCGCUACCGGAAACAAAUGGCUGUCAAGAAAUACUUGGCGGCUGUCCUAGGGAAAAGGUAUAAACAAAGGGUUAAAAACAAAGGACGCAGAAUAGCAUAUUUGUAG